ACCCAGGCGCCCGAGACACCGACUCCCAUCGUCAGUUUCCACACCGACUCGUCAUUCUCCUAUACCGAGAGUGAUCUUAGUCCUGCACAGCCAGAGCUUGACACGUCUGUCUCGAGUUUGACAGAGUCGAGCGACCCCUUCGUUAUCGCGUCACCUCGGACCGUACAGACACCAGUUCUCUCGAUAUCUGACCAUGACGAAGAGGCAGUCACGCCAUCUAUGCACCCAUCUCAAUGGCCUUCUGAGACGGAUGUGUCGUUUGAUUCGUCUGCACUGCAGCCUACGCCUAGUAUACAGAGCGCCGCAUUGCAGGAGGGUAUCGAUGGGAGCUUUGAGACAUCGUUUAUGCGCCCGAGUAUAUCGCCGCUGAGCAGCAUUGCGAGGCUGACGCCUAUCACGGAGACCAUUUCUUCCCUUACACCGUCUCCUAGGCAGAUGUUCCACCCAGUUGAGUUGGUGUCUUCGCCAUCCAGUGGACCGACUCCGCUGACGAUGUCGACGAGCGCAUCGAGUUCGCUUUCAAGGACCGCGUCCACCGUGAGUGGUGUGUCAAGUAUUGCGAUUGAGGCGGAGGAGGAAGAUGCGGUGAGCGUAAGAGCUGCCAGUGAUAUUUCGACGGUGCCGUCUUUGCUGUCGACGAGAAGCGAGGAGUCGGUGCGAUAUAUGCCAAUGCCCUCCCCGCGGGCUGUGCCUCUCCCAGUAUCCCCUGCCCCUACUUCGGUGUCGAUGAGUGUGAGUGUGACGACACCGCACGAAGAUGUUCCUUCCAUCCAUUCUGUCCUCGAGACGGAGCACACGCACACGCACACUGAGCAAACUAUCACGCACGAUAUUGACCGUCUUCUUCACCAUAUCCAAGAGAUUGAUCAGUUCCGUGGCCAGGAAACGCAGGAAAUCGCAGAGAAUGUGCGUGCUAUUCGAGACGAACUGUAUGAUUUGUCGGAGUACGUCCGUACGAGGCUCGUCGUGGAGAGAUCGCCACCUGUGCCAACUAGAGACACAUCUGUCGGGGGCAGCAGUGUGCCCUCGACGCCAAGAGGACCGCGCCCGAGGCCGGGUCUCACCCUUGUCGAGAUGUCCCCACCCCCUAUGCACCCCUCCUCCCCGAGUUCGCCCAGUUCGGUCAUGUCGUUCUUGUCUUCACAUCACUCGGAUGAUGACUUAAGUCUGUUGGAGACAGAGGUGGAAGCGCAGACCGUGGAACGCUCAUAUUCGAUCUCCAGAGAGCCAUCUUGGCCCUCCUCAUCGUCCUCAUCUUCAUCCCCGGUCACACCAUCAGAAAUUUCUUCCAGCGAGCCAUCCCCUGGUCCAAGCUUGUCGGCCACGUCUUCGUCAUCACCGACUCCUCCACCCUCGUCACCUACGCCUUCGACGGCGUCGACCACCACUGUGCGGCAGCGUGAUAGCAUUACGAUUGAGACGCUGAGAGACAUGUUGAUCUCAUUGAGAGAGCAGACGACUGCGCUUUGGGAGGGCCAGAUGUCAACAAACCAUAUGCUGGACGAGUUGCGCGAGACACGCUCAGGUCCUCUGGACACCACGGAGUUCAAUGACCGGUUUCAGGCCAUCGAGGUUCUUUUGCGUCAACUCAUCGAUAGACGAGUCGAGACUGAACGACCUGUCCAUAUCCAGCCGCCAUCAGAGUCUAUUUCUGAUGUCGGCACAGAUGUAGACGCAGAGGAUUUUCAGCAGCGCUGGCAGGAUUGGACGCGGCUCCUGAGGGACCGCGUCCCCCUUGCUGCACCCCAGCCACGCAGAGCUCGUGGAAAUCUUGACGAUGAGCUGCUUGCAUUAUUACAGGCACCCCCACCCCAAGUGCCUAUAGGCGUCCAGCCGCCUCCAGCAUUGAUCCCCUUCGCUUACCAACCUGCGGUACGUCCUCCGAGGUCGAGGAGUACCAGUCCCAUAUUACGGCCCUCGACGUACCCGAUUGCCACAGAGCCAGUGCUGUUCUCACCCGAGAUUCAACACCCACGUAUCCGCCGUCCUCCUCGAGGUCCACGUGUCGGUGAAAGACUGCCCGACCGACCCGCAACUGAAACUGAGACAGUAUUUUCUGGUCCGCGUAGGCCGCCUACUCAGCCACCGGUGCCACCACCACCACCCGGAGAUUUUUCCGAUCCCAGACCUCUACGCCCGAUGCCUCCUCCUGAGCCAAUCCCCUGGCCGGGAAGAGCUCCAAGCGCGCCUGCUGACCUUGGGGGCCAUGACGACACUCGCGAGCCUCAAACCUGGUACCGUCCCCCAAGAUCACAGGGCUUAGGCAUGCCUCCUCAGCCUGUUAUUCCUGGUCAACAAGGUGGUCGCCAAUACGUGCCAAUGCCUCCGGGACCGACCGUAGUGCAAUUACCACUCUUUGACACAUUGAUGAACAUCCUUCGGGAACAUCGUCUUGCCCAACUUGCGACGGUAGAUCAACAACGAGAGUUGAUGAGGUACAUGAGAGGUCUGAAUGAAUGGCUUGAAAGGGACGUGCAGGACCGUCAAGCAGAAUUACGGGGGGUGACCGCUCGUGUUGAUGAGCUCAGAAAUGAUCUUGCACGACUAGGAUUAGGGAUGCAGCCCGGAGUGCAGCCCGGCGUGCAGCCACCAGGUGCGCAACUGCCAGGUGUGUUCCCAGGUUAUGGAGUGAUCCCUGUUGGACCUAUCCCCCAUCCACCUACUGGAUUUGUUCCUCAGGGAGGCCCACGGCCUCCCGUCAUUCCCACCUAUGAUGGUUCUCCUCCGCCAGACCAAUAUAGUCCUUUCAUACCCGAUGAACCCCAAUGGCGUAGGCCGCUGGGCAUGCCAGAACCUCAGCAUUACCUUCCAGGUGCGCAAGGACCAGUAAUCCCCGGUGCUUCUGGUGGUUUUCCCCAACCACAACAUGGCGAUCGGCACGAGCGCCGCCCUGGCGAUGAAGAUGAAGGAUUUAUUCCCACGAGCUCUCCUCAGUUUAGCGAUGCUGGGCUCCCCACCAGACCAUUCGUGCCAGAACAUACAUUCAUAGUUCAACCGAGUGAUGUUGAAGGGAGUGAUGAUAGUUCGGAUACCCAACACACCUAUGCGCCCGACGUACACCACGUACCACACCCUCCGGAGGAUCAAAUGUUACACAUUCCACAAGAUAUCCCUGACGUGAUACAUUCCGGGGAGCAUACACACAGCCAUGGAAGCCCUCCGCCUCAGACUAUCAAUAUCAAUGUGCCUCCACAAUAUCCUCAGGAGCCUCAAGUAGGUGUAGAUCAGCGUGCGCCAAUACAGCAGGGGCUUCCAUAUGUGAUACCACCGCCACCCAUGUUUCCAGGGCCUGGUGGCGGACCCGAGUUUCAAGGACCUAGUUCCGGACCCCCCCUGGUAAUACACCCACCGCCUAGGUCCAGGUCUGGAUCUAGUUCCGGGAGACGCCCAGUGGUCAUACAACAAAGCCCUCCUGUCGUAUUACAAUUGCCGCACGGCGAACAGGUCGCCAGACAUCCCACUCGCCAAGAAUUUGAUGUUCCUCCUUCGGGUGGCGGCGCUGGCGGUCCAGUAGUGAGGUUACCUGGUAGCGUUGGACACGUUGAUCGUUCACGAUCUCGGUCUCGGUCACCUCGUGGAUGGUACCGCGAUAGACAUAGAUAUCCUCCAUACGACGAUCCUUAUUAUCGACGAGGUCGACAUCCUUACUCUCCUGAUUAUGAUCACCCAAGACAUUGGGAUGACCGUCGACGCCGAUAUUACUCACCUGAAUAUGGCCCCCGUCGCCGUUAUUAUGACGACUACUCUCCCCGACGGGGAGGGCCGCGUGAUUACUACUCACGAUCGCCUUCACCACGACGAGGCGAGAGAUAUAGAGAUGAUGACCCAAGCAGGAGAGAGGGUCGCUCACCGAGUCACAGAGCUCCCACACGUUCUGAAGGAGACCCAAGCAGGAGAGGCGAUCGCUCACCGACUCACAGAACUUCCAGACGUCCCAGUCACGACGAAGGCGAUCGCUCACCGACUCACAGAACUUCCAGACGUCCCAGUUAUGACGAAGGCGAUCGCUCACCGACUCACAGAACUUCCAGACGUCCCAGUUAUGACGAAGGCGAUCGCUCACCGACUCACAGAACUUCCAGACGUCCCAGUCAUGACGAAGGCGAUCGCUCACCGACUCACAGAACUUCCAGACGUCCCAGUUAUGACGAAGGCGAUCGCUCACCGACUCACAGAACUCCCACACAUCUCAGUCACGACGAAGGUGAUCGCUCACGGACUCGAACUCCCACACAUCUCAGUCAUGAAGAAGGCGAUCGCUCACCGACUCACAGAACUCCUUCACGCCCACGGACUUUCACUCGUCUCAGUCACGAAGGCGAUCACCCACCGACUCAGUAUUCAGAAGAGGAUGUGCUUGGUCCUAGCCGCCACACAUCUAGUCAUGGCCGUCGUACACCUAGUCAUGGCCAACGUACACCUAGUCAUGGUAUCCCUGCUUCUCCGCGGUUUGAGGAUCCUCCGCGGUCACCAACUGUCAUCAGGAUUGAGCAAGAGCGCGGGUACCCUGAAUCACCCACCGGUCAACCAGUGAUCAUAGCUCCGGCCGAACAACUCCCAUUUCGUGAACGACGUUCUAGGAGCCCCACUAGUGAGCUUCGACGUCAACUGCGUCAUUCCCCUGAUGUAUACAUUCCAACAGUAUAUUCAGUGCCUUCUGUAAGGGACGAUGAUGGACGGCGUAGCCGUCGAACACCUCCAGUAACGGAACAUGAUGAUGGACGACCACCACGCCAUCGAUUGUCCCCUGCAAGGGGUGACGAAGCUGACCCAGGUGGACGUCGCAGUGCUUCACGAUUUCCGGACGACGAAGCUGGCUCACGUCGCGCCGCUUCGCAAGCUCCGUAUGAUGAAGCUGAUCCCUACGGAGAUCGCGCUGCUUCACAAAUUCCGGAUGAUGAAGCUGACCCAGGACGUCGCGCUGCUUCGCGGGUCCCAUCACGCACAGGAUCGCAAGCAGGACGUGUGCCAGCCGUUAUUCAACAGGAUGAUGGCAGCCGCCAAGAGAGCGAGAUGGUUCAUAUCCCACCGCCUGGUGAUCAUGGACACCCGCCAGAUCAUGAUCCUCAUGUGCACUUUGACCCAACGGCUACCGAAUUCGAUGAUGCCCUUAAUCGGCGGCACGAACGACUGGACGAAGUGGAACGUGAACUCAACCAGGUCGUCCAAGGCGCCCAUGAAGCUGAAGACCGUCGUGAAGCGGAGUUCCGAGAUAGUGAAGACCACAGAGAGCAAAUCUUCCUCCAGAACGAACAACGUCGUGAUAAUGAGGCAAGACAGCGCGGUGAUGAACUAUUUUCUCAACUGGAAGAGAGAGCGCGCAGUGUACCCCCCUCUACCGGUUCCUCCUCCUGGAUCAGGGGAUAAUGCUUCCAUCCUCGAAUCAAUUCACUCAGCUACUCACGAGGCGGCUUCUCGCCAUUCCCGCGACAUUUUGGAGACGGUUGGACUUGAGCGCGAGCAGGCUGCUCGCGAAAGGGAGUCUUUUGCAUCCGAGAGGGAGCAGGAACGUGCUGAAUUUGCUGCUGAGCGCGCUCGCAUGGAUGAAGAGCGCGAACGAAGGGUUCACGAGCUGGAAGAAGAGCUUACGCGCGUUCGUGGGGAGCUUGACAGCGAAAGGCAGCUA